GAAACUCAUUCUUUGCAUGAAGCAGAUGAAGAUGUGGUCACUGAUGUUGAUUUCACCAAUAUGAUUUCUGAAGAAGAAAAAGAAGAGUUAAAGAUCGAGCUAGUCAAGCUAGAGGAUGAAAUUUCAACUCUGAGGCAAGUGCUAGCAGCCAAAGAAAAGCACCUGGUGGAGAUCAAACAAAAGCUUGGCAUAAGUCUGAUGAAUGAACUGAAGCAGAACUUCAGCAAAAGCUGGCACGAUAUGCAGACGACUUCUGCUUACAAGAAAACACACGAGACCCUGAGCCAUGCAGGACAAAAAGCAACAGCAGCUAUCAGCAACGUAGGAACUGCUAUCAGCAAGAAGUUUGGAGAUAUGAGAUCACAUUCAAUUGGUUACUCCAUUCGCCAUUCCAUAAGCAUGCCUGCAAUGAGGAAUUCUCCAACAUUCAAAUCAUUUGAGGAGAAGGUGGAGACCACUGUCACGAGCCUUAAGACCAAGGUUGGUGGGACAAGCCACACAGGGGGCAGCUUUGAAGAAGUUCUCAGCUCGACAGCCCACGCCAGCGCUCAGAGCUCUCUUGCUGGCACCCGACUCCCUGAGAGCGAGGAAGAGCUUCAGUGUUAA